CUGGGGCCAUCGGGAAACAGAUCGAGGAUGGGGUAAGGUUGAUGGGUCGUGGUGCUGAACAAAUCAAAUGGCCAAUUCAUCUUGAGGUCUCAAGGGUGACUGUUAGAGCAAAGGAAGAAGCUGAAGCUGCCGGUGGAUCUGUGAGGAGAGUACACUAUAACAAAUUAGGGUUGAGAGCUCUGCUUAAACCCGAGUGGUUCGAAAAGAAGGGAAGGUUGCUGCCGAAACCAGCCAGGCCUCCUCCGAAGUUGAAGGAUAAAGUUGACAGCAUCGGCCGCCCGCCUGCUCCAACAAAACCUAUCCCGUUUUUCACCGAAGAGGAGCCAAUCUCCUCUCCUGCGUAGUAGACAGGUGAUCGCUUUGUUCGUUGAACCACAAGAUCGGCAUUCGAGUUAUCAUGUUUUGGAGGAAAAGAAUCA